UCGGCCGGGGCGGCUAUGAGGCGUGGGCUCGAGGCCGAGUGGAAACGGGGCGGGCGUAGGGAGCGGGAUGUGGCGGCGCUAGCGGGGCGAAGCCCGGCCAGGAGCAGCAGAGAACUGUGGACAAUUCUUCUUGGAAGGUCAGCUCUGAGAGAACUGAAUCAGAUUGAGGCAGAACUGAAUAAACAUUGGCAGCGGCUAUUAGAAGGACUUUCAUACUAUAAACCUCCCAGUCCAAAUUCAGCUGAAAAAGUGAAAGCUAAAAAAGAUGUACCUUCACCACUGAAGGAACUGGGUUUACGAAUCAGCAAGUUUUUGGGUCUUGACGAAGAACAGAGUGUACAGUUACUCCAGUGUUACCUUCAAGAGGAUUACAGAGGUACUCGGGACUUACUAAAGGUGGUACUGCAAGAUGAGAGGCAGAGCCAGGCCUUAAUCCUGAAGAUUGCAGAUUAUUAUUAUGAAGAAAGAAUGUGUAUUCUUCGUUGUGUCUUACACCUUCUCACUUAUUUCCAAGAUGAAAGACAUCCCUAUAGGGUUGAAUAUGCAGACUGUGUUGAUAAAUUGGAGAAGGAGCUGGUUACAAAAUACAGACAGCAGUUUGAAGAGCUUUACAGAACUGAAGCACCAACGUGGGAGACACAUGGAAGCCUCAUGACUGAGCGUCAGGUGUCUCGCUGGUUUGUCCAGUGCCUUCGGGAACAGUCCAUGCUGCUAGAAAUUAUCUUCCUUUAUUAUGCAUACUUUGAGAUGGCACCUAGUGACCUAUUGGUAUUAACCAAGCUGUUUAAAGAGCAAGGAUUUGGUAGUAGGCAGACCAACAGGCACCUGGUGGAUGAGACCAUGGAUCCUUUUGUGGAUCGGAUUGGCUACUUCAGUGCCCUUAUCCUGGUGGAAGGCAUGGAUAUUGAGUCAUUGCUCAAGUGUGCUUUGGAUGACAGAAGAGAGCUGCACCAGUUUGCCCAGGAUGGGCUUAUUUGCCAGGAUAUGGACCGUUUGAUGUUGACCUUUGGGGACAUUCCACAUCAUGCCCCAGUGCUUUUGGCCUGGGCUCUCCUUCGCCACACCCUGAAUCCAGAAGAGACAAGCAGUGUUGUCCGGAAGAUAGGUGGCACAGCCAUCCAACUGAACGUAUUUCAGUACUUGACCCGACUACUUCGCUCACUGUCUAGUGGGGGAAAUGAUUGCACCACCAGCACCGCAUGCAUGUGUGUCUAUGGACUCCUUUCUUUCGUGCUGACCUCGCUGGAGCUACACACACUGGGCAAUCAGCAGGAUAUAAUUGACACAGCAUGUGAAGUCUUGGCAGACCCUUCUCUUCCAGAAUUAUUCUGGGGAACAGAGCCAACCUCUGGUCUUGGGAUCAUUCUGGACAGUGUAUGUGGAAUGUUUCCCCAUCUCCUCUCCCCACUCCUACAAUUGCUACGGGCCCUCGUAUCAGGGAAGUCUACUGCCAAAAAGGUAUAUAGUUUCUUGGAUAAAAUGUCUUUCUACAAUGAGCUUUAUAAGCAUAAGCCCCAUGAUGUGGUCUCCCAUGAAGAUGGAACUCUCUGGCGGAGGCAAACACCCAAACUCCUUUACCCACUUGGGGGUCAGACCAACCUUCGCAUACCUCAAGGCACCGUGGGCCAAGUAAUGCUGGACGAUAGGGCUUACCUGGUACGCUGGGAGUACUCGUAUAGCAGCUGGACCCUCUUUACCUGUGAGAUUGAAAUGCUGCUUCAUGUUGUUUCCACUGCAGAUGUGAUUCAGCACUGUCAGCGGGUCAAACCCAUCAUUGAUCUGGUCCAUAAGGUCAUCAGUACAGAUCUUUCGAUAGCAGACUGUCUCCUGCCCAUCACCUCCCGCAUCUACAUGCUGCUGCAGCGGUUAACAACAGUGAUCUCCCCCCCUGUGGAUGUCAUUGCUUCUUGUGUCAAUUGUUUGACCGUUUUGGCUGCCCGGAACCCCGCAAAGGUCUGGACUGAUCUUCGUCACACAGGCUUUUUACCAUUCAUGGCCCACCAGGUCUCCAACAUGAGUCAGAUGAUUAGUGCGGAGGGGAUGAGUGCUGGAGGGUACGGAAACCUCCUGAUGAAUAGUGAACAGCCCCAGGGCGAGUAUGGGGUCACUGUUGCCUUUCUCCGGUUGAUCACCACUCUUGUCAAGGGACAGCUUGGUAGUACCCAGAGCCAAGGACUGGUGCCCUGCAUCAUGUUUGUGCUGAAGGAGAUGCUUCCCAGCUACCACAAGUGGCGCUACAACUCCCACGGUGUGAGAGAGCAGAUCGGUUGCCUAAUCCUGGAGCUGAUUCAUGCGAUACUGAACCUGUGCCAUGAGACAGACCACAGCAGCCACACCCCCAGCCUGCAGUCCCUCUGCAUCUGUAGCCUGGCCUAUACAGAAGCAGGACAGACAGUUAUCAAUAUCAUGGGCAUCGGCGUGGACACCAUCGACAUGGUGAUGGCUGCUCAGCCCCGCAGUGAUGGGGCAGAGGGCCAGGGGCAGGGCCAGCUGCUGAUCAAGACAGUGAAACUGGCAUUCUCCAUCACCAACAAUGUUAUUCGGCUGAAACCUCCCUCUAAUGUGGUGUCCCCUCUGGAACAGGCUCUCACCCAACAUGGUGCCCAUGGGAACAACCUCAUUGCUGUUCUUGCCAAGUACAUCUACCACAAACAUGACCCAGCUUUGCCACGUCUGGCCAUCCAGCUGCUGAAACGUCUGGCCACGGUGGCCCCGAUGUCAGUGUAUGCCUGCUUGGGCAAUGAUGCGGCUGCCAUUCGCGACGCUUUCCUGACACGAUUGCAGAGCAAGAUUGAGGACAUGCGCAUCAAAGUCAUGAUCCUGGAAUUCCUCACGGUUGCAGUAGAGACUCAGCCAGGCCUCAUUGAGCUGUUUCUGAAUCUGGAGGUGAAGGAUGGCAGUGAUGGCUCCAAGGAGUUCAGCCUUGGGGUGUGGAGCUGUCUCCAUGCGGUCCUGGAGCUGAUUGACUCCCAGCAGCAGGAUCGCUACUGGUGCCCGCCCCUGCUGCACCGGGCAGCCAUCGCCUUUCUGCAUGCCCUGUGGCAGGACCGGCGGGACAGUGCCAUGCUGGUUCUCAGGACCAAACCCAAGUUUUGGGAGAAUUUAACAAGUCCACUGUUUGGAACCCUCUCUGCUCCCUCAGAAACAUCUGAGCCCAGCAUCCUGGAAACCUGUGCCCUGAUCAUGAAGAUAAUAUGCUUGGAGAUAUACUAUGUAGUUAAGGGCUCACUAGACCAGUCACUAAAAGAUACACUCAAGAAAUUUUCCAGUGAGAAACGCUUUGCCUACUGGUCAGGGUAUGUCAAGUCCUUGGCGGUUCACACAGCCGACACAGAGGGCAGCAGCUGUACCUCCUUGGUCGAGUAUCAGAUGCUGGUCUCCGCCUGGAGGAUGCUUCUCAUUAUUGCCACCAGCCACGCAGAGAUACUGCACCUGACCGACUCUGCAGUGCGUCGCCAGCUCUUUCUUGAUGUGCUUGAUGGGACCAAAGCGUUACUCCUGGUCCCAGCCUCGGUCAGCUGCCUCCGCCUCGGUUCCAUGAUGUGCACUCUGCUGCUUGUCCUCCUGCGGCAGUGGAAGAGAGAGUUAGGUCCUGUGGAUGAGAUGCUGGCACCCUUGACAGAGAUCCUGGAGGGAGUGCUGCAGGCAGACCGGCAGCUCAUGGAGAAGACCAAGGCCAAGGUGUUCUCGGCAUUCAUCACUGUGCUGCAGAUGAAGGAGAUGAGAGUCAGUGACAUCCCCCAGUACUCUCAGCUAGUGCUUAACGUCUGUGAAACCCUCCAAGAAGAGGUGAUUGCGCUCUUUGACCAGACCCGCCACAGUCUGGCAUCAGGCAGCGCCACGGAGGACAAGGACAGCAUGGAGACUGAUGACUGCUCUCGGCCCCGGCACAAGGACCAGCGUGAUGGGCAGGUGUGUGUCCUGGGCCUGCACCUGGCCAAGGAGCUGUGUGAGGUAGAUGAGGAUGGUGACUCAUGGCUGCAGGUGACCCGCAGGCUCCCCAUACUGCCAACCCUCUUUACCACCCUGGAGGUGAGCCUUCGCAUGAAGCAAAACCUGCAUUUCACCGAGGCAGCGUUGCACCUGCUCCUCACCCUGGCUCGCACCCAGCAGGGAGCCGCAGCAGUGGCUGGAGCCGGCAUCACCCAGAGCAUCUGUUUGCCCCUCCUGAGUGUGUACCAGCUCAGCACCAAUGGCACGGUGCAGACACCUAGCACCUCUCGGAAAUCCCUCGAUGCCCCCUCUUGGCCAGGGGUCUAUCGCCUGUCCAUGUCUUUAAUGGAACGGCUCCUCAAAACUCUGCGCUACAACUUCCUGACCGAGGCUCUGGACUUCGUGGGUGUUCACCAGGAGCGGACCUUACAAUGCCUCAACGCGGUGAGGACGGUGCAGAGUCUGGCGUGCCUGGAGGAGGCAGACCACACGGUGGGCUUCAUUCUGCAGCUCUCCAGCUUCAUGAAGGAGUGGCAUUUCCACCUGCCUCAGCUCCUGCGAGAUGUGCAGGUCAACCUGGGUUACCUGUGCCAGGCCUGCACCUCCCUCCUGCACAGCCGGAAGAUGCUACAGCACUACCUGCAGAACAAAAAUGGGGAUGGUGGCCCCUCAGCUGUUGCACCCCGAGUUCAGCGGCCACCCACAGCUGCUCCUGCUGCCCCCUCCUCUUCCUCCAAGCAGCCCACUGCUGACACAGAGGCUUCGGAGCAGCGAGCCUUACAUGUGGUCCAGUAUGGCCUCCUCAAGAUCCUCAGCAGGACUUUGGCGGCCCUGCGCCACUUCACCCCGGACGUCUGCCAGAUCCUGUUGGAUCAGUCCCUGGACCUUGCUGAAUACAACUUCCUGUUUGCCCUGAGCUUCACCACGCCCACCUUUGACUCUGAAGUGGCCCCCUCCUUUGGGACCCUUCUGGCCACAGUGAAUGUGGCCCUAAACAUGCUCGGAGAGCUGGAUAAGAAAAAGGAGCCCCUCACUCAGGCUGUGGGGCUCAGCACACAGGCAGAAGGGACCAGAACACUGAAGUCCCUCCUGAUGUUUACCAUGGAGAACUGCUUCUACCUGCUCAUCUCCCAGGCAAUGCGUUACCUUAGGGACCCAGCUGUGCACUCCCGGGACAAACAGCGGAUGAAACAGGAGCUCAGCUCAGAGUUGAAUCUCUGCACACAUCUCUCGCUCCUGCAGCAAGGGCCAGGCCCCUCCCCCACAACCAAGGUGGACAGAUGGAUGCACGGAUGGACAGAGUGACGGGCUUUCCACAUUUGCAAAAAGCUGACUCCCAGGCGCCAAUGCCUGGCGUUCCCCCCAAAACAGAGGCUCCUCAUGGUAGAGGCUCUGAUGGGGAGACCAGCUGCUUGCAAAAGGCCCAGAGGAUGUGCCCUGGGCUGGCCGUGGCACCAUGGGCGCCGGGCCAGAUGGACAAACCAGAAGUAGCACAGCACGUGGGACAGGUAUACUCACAUCUCCCUCACACUGAGCCAAGUUACCCAAAGCAGAACGGAAAGGAACAAAAACAAAAGAGUUAGUGAGUCCACAGCACAGGCGGGAGCAGCCCCCUGGCCCCAGCGGGAGGGACGCGAGGCGGACGGGCAGAUGGACACACGCAACCUGCCCUCUGGAAGUGACUUGGUUUGUGUGUGUGAGCGUUUAGAAGGGUGGAGAUGAGGGAGCUGCUGGGCGGGAGUCCUCUGGGAAUCUGAACCUGGGCUGCCCAGGUCCUAGCUCUGGAGAGGGUAGCCGGGACUAACCCAGAGGCUUGAGGUUGUCCAACCAACUGGAGAAGAGGCCUGGCUGAUGGAGGAAAAGCUUGUCUUGGCCAAGUUAUUCUUGAGAGGUUGUCCAUCCCUGAGUGACAGGGAGACUGUCCUUGCAGGUGACUCAGUAAGGUCAUCCCAAAAGCCCUAGUCAUCCUACCCACCCUGAACAAGACUCCAGUGGCUGAGCCCCUGCCUCCCAUCUGGACCCCACACACCCACAUGAGCUAGGACCCUGUCCAUGGCUCUUGCCAGAGGCAGUGCAGGCCCAGCUCCACGGCCCCCGGUGGCCACACUGAGGGGAACGCAGGAGGGUUCAGGGCCAGAACUCUCAGGAGCAGCUGUGGGGAGCCUGGGCUGGGUCCGGCCUUCCCGGCUGAGAGCACGGGUUUCCCUGGCAUGGCCUGGACCUGGGGAUCCCUCCCGCAGGGUGAGGUGGCCUUUAGGCCCCUACACCCCCCCCCCCCUCAGCAGCCUGGCAUCCCAAGAGUGUGCUCACCCUCGGGCCCCGUUCUCCCCAGCCUGGCCUAGCCCUGAUCCAGCUGUCCCUGCUGCACGCCACUGGCCCACCCAGGCUGAGCAGGCCUCGGAGACAGAGAGAAGGGGAGCCCCUAGCCAGUCGCUUGGGGCUGCCUGAAAGGGCCCCUCCGGCAUGCUCCUGCGCAAGCGGGCAGUCUAGCUCAGGGCUCUCCACACCGUCGCAGGGGCCUGAGCAGGGGCGCCUGGGGCCAGCGCCGGAGCAGUGGGUGUGAGGUUAGUGAGGGGGAGCCAUGCCCUGGCAGAGCUGGGAACAGAGCUGAGCAUCCGGGAAGGGCGGGCAAGGGCAUGCGGGAAACUCCAACUGUGUCUGUCUGGGGAGGCUGCAGGGUGCCCGGAGCCCAGGUUGGGGCAUUGCUGGCCAGCCCACCCCGUAAAUGUCAGCCCUGGGACCCCGAGCGCUGGGCUGUCAGUUUUCCCGUGGGGGCAGGGGCAUAGAGGUGUGACGUGAAGUGACCAGUCCAGACCAGCACCCCCAGCCAGGCCUCUCCAGGCAAGGACAGGGGAGAGAGGUCAUGCCAAACCAGGUCCCUUCAGCACCCCUCCUCGGCUCCACCCAGAGCCGGGCACGGGAGGCCAGCAGGGGCACCUACCGCGGCU